AUGAGCCCUCCAGCUGCGAAUCCCAAGAUUCUGUAUCGGAAUUCCCGCCUUCUCCGUAUGGUGUUCCUGCAGCUCCAUCGGCAACAGAGAGCUGACUUAUUUUGUGAUGUUGUCCUACAAGCAGAAGGGGAAGCUGUUCCAGCUCACUGUUGCAUUCUAUCAGCCUGCAGCCCUUUCUUCACAGAGCGUUUGGAGCGAGAAAUGCCCCCCAAAGGACACAAGGUGGUGCUAGAGAUCCGGGGGCUGAAAAUUGGGACUUUACGUAAGCUGGUGGAUUUCCUCUACACCUCUGAGAUGGAGGUGUCCCGGGAAGAAGCCCAGGAUGUUCUUGCAGCUGCACGGCAGCUUCAGGUGUCAGAGCUGGAGUCACUUCAUCUAGAGGGAGGAAAGUUGGUCAAAAAAUCCCUGGGCCCUCGAUUAAAUCGGGAUUGCCUACAGCUAUCUAGUCCAUUAUCCAUCUCAGAGUUAACGCUGUUGCAGUCUCCCCCUGCCUGCAGUGGUAGUUCCUUGACGUCAUGGCUGUCUUCAAACAUGCAACAUACUGUAGCGAAAGUUCCAUGCACCAAGGAAAUGGUUAACAAUAGCAGCAUUGUCCAGAAAGCUAUCAAGAAGGAAAAACCAGAAGCAUUGAUGAGGGGGAAUGAAGAGCAGAUGCCUAAAGAUCCAGCAGUUACCACCGAGCCCCUUAGAACUAAAGUUAAAAAACGUCUUACAGGCGUGGGAAAGAAUAUAUUAGGCAAUAAUGAGCAUGACAGUUUGCAGACACAGGAUGGGAAUGGCGAUAGCCAAGCUACAACCAGCUUGCAAGAGUCAAAAAAGAUUAAGCUCAGUCGCUCAAAGCUCUCCUCGUCACCCUUGCCUGUACCAUGUGCCAUCAAAGACUCUAGCACUGUGGAAUCAAGCAAACCCUCAAGGUCCACCAGACGCCACUGGAGGCAGAAACGUCUUCCUAUCAAAGAUGAGCAGAAAACAGAAGAUAGCCAUUUGUAUGGCUUCUGGAGCCCGCCUCUCCCUCCAGAGGCUGCUAAGAGCAGAAAGUGCAAUGCCAGUGAACCUUGUGUUAGUCAUCCCCAAAAUGCAGGGCAGAUUGGCCGGGUAAGGCUCAGAAAAGUUAUCAAUGGCAGCUGCUGGGAGGUGGUGCAGGAAUCUCCCUCAGCUCAGGCCACCAGGCCACCAAAUUCUGUGUGUGCUGUGAAAGAGGAGGGCUCUCAGUCUCCGCCCAGGCACCCUGAGCCAGAAGGAGUAGAUGCACAACAGUCAGUCACCUCAACUAGACGGCUGCCAACAAAAAUGGAAAGCCCACCUCUUAAUGAGAAGAACCUGGAAGAACAAGCUGAUAACAAGGUAUCCUUGGAAGAUGGAGACCCUUAUAAAUUGGAUCUGUUUCUGCUAGACCAUCUGAGUGAGGAUGAGCAGUAUGAUAAGCUGGCUUCAGCUGGUGAGUUGGAACACAUGCUUGAUUUGUUUCUGGCAGAUGAUGGUGAUGCUGUUGAGAAGCCUCAAGAGGCCACUAUUCCAGAAGGGAUGAAUAUUUUAUGGCCUGCACCAGGAGCAAAUGAGAGUCCACUAGAAUGUGCUGAAGUUGAAAGAAAAGAUAUGUGCUCUCCAGAAGUCUCUGACUGUCCUCUGUGGGUCAAGACCAAAAACAGUCUCCUAAAAGGGGAACUGGAAGCUAUUGACAUGAAGAUCAGCAGAGAAACUCAUGGCUCAGCAAAUGGGAGUCCCUUGCUAGACCCUGUUCCCGGCUGCUUUCCAUUUGUGAAGUCUGAAACCAGCAGUGACUGUUUUACUUGGUACAAACCAGCUUCUCCCCAACUGGAUGAUUGGACAGCUCAGCAUCAACUGUCCAUGUCAGAGAAUAUGCCUGCAAACCUUAGUGAUCCUUUGCCCAUCACUUUGGCAGACAAUGAAGACCAGGUUUUUUUGUCCUAUGAAGUGGGUAUCUCUGGUGCCGAAACACAGCUCCAUGCUCAGACAUUGCUGAAGAGCCCUUUGCAACACCACUUGGGCUGUAAGGUGCCUCCAUGCUUGGAAGAGGAAGAGAUAGAUGUCGGUGGGGUAGACGAACUCUUGGUUAGUAUCGAAUGCAUCAGGCCAGAUCCCUCUCCAGUGUCUGAAACCGAGGUGGAUGUUGUGAACUAGUGAAUGCAGACCAUGGGAAGGAGUUGCCUUGACUACCCAGGGGCUGUGAGGGGUCAGGCCUGAUGUCAAAGGUCUGAUCAGGCUAAGAAGGGCCCACUGCUACCCUGCUCACCUCAGUGCCAAUAGGAUCCCAUUGGGCAUUGCUGCUGCUACUU